AACAACGGUUCGCAGUAUUGUCUCCUGAAUACCUACGACCCCAACUUCCUCUAGCGCCGCCGCCGCCUCGCCCCUCUUCUGCGACCAGCACGCCGUCGUGAAGAAUGCCUCUCCUCCCCCUUCCCAAGCCGCCCUGGAUCUCGCGAUGGAGGUGGCCGCCGCCUGCCAUGGAAGCCUCGCCAACGGCCUCUAGAGUCCCACAUCCCCGAGAUCGACGCGAUUGCAGCCGCCUGGCCGAGGUCGUCGGCCCUCGACGGGCUCCUCCAUCACUUCUGGUUCCCCACAAUGGCUACGGGCCGUCUCCCCCUCUCCAUCCUGCACUCCUCCUUCUCCACUUCAAGUUUCCGGUCGUGGCUGAAGGUCGCUUCUCCCUAUCCACCCUUCCAAUCUGGAGCACAGGUGGAGAGCGUGGUUCUGUGCGGCGGAGAUGGCGCCCCGCAUCUGCGCGCCCAUAAGCCUGAACGGAGCUCCACCGAGGCCAUGGCCUCUCCAGGUGAUACCAUGUUACGCGAAUGCACAGGCAUAUGCAUUGAAAGCUCAUGUCCUGAUGCUACGUGUUUUUUGACAUCGACAAAUUUGAUUCUGUAUACUUGGCCUAGAGAUAAGAUCACUGAAAGUUUCACGAUAAAAAGUACACCUUCCCGAUCAUCAGGCUGUCACUGGGUGGAUAGAGAAUCCUCAGUUAUAUGUUGAUUAUUUCAUUGUCAAAAUCAAGAACGUUGCUGUUACUAAUGUCGCCCAUCUAAGUCACUAAGUCUUGAUCGUAAAAUGCAGUUUGAGCCUUAUAGGAAGGUAGCAGCUGUAUGAUGCUAUUUUGAUUCAGGAGAAUUAAAGACCACAAGCGGAGUAGAUCUUGCCUCUGUAAGCGGAGUAGGUUUACGAUUGUAUCCCCAAAAUUGCACCAUUAGCUAUUUUGUACUUGUGUUUUUUUCCGACAUCUCCUGUUGCUCUGCUUCUGUCACCAUCCCUUUCGCAUAGCCCAACAAGUUGCAUUUGCACUGUACGAUUAUGGUUGUUAUUAUAAUCUGGCGCUAAUACA